AUGGCAUCAAUAAGGAAGAUGAGCCUGGAAGUGCCAAGGAACGGCGAAGGACUCUAUGAAACCGGUGAAGGGGAUGAUGGCUCGAGGAAGAUCCGUCACACUGAUGAUUUUAGGUUUCUAGAUCGAGCUGCCGUCAUCACGGGAGACGCGGUUCGCACGCUGAACAGAGGUGAAAUUCCGGAUCUGUGGCACCUCUGUACCAUCACUCAGGUCGAAGAAGUGAAGUGCAUUUUGAGGUUGAUACCAGUAUGGCUAUGCACCGUCAUAUCCUCCGUCAUCUUCGUCCCGAUGUUGGCCCUCUUCGUCGAGCAAGGGGCUGCCAUGGACACGACCAUGGCCUGCUUCCAUGACCCUCCAGCGUGCAUGACCGCGUUCGACAUAGUUAGCACUUUUGUCUUCGUCAUCCUGUACAACAAGCUCGUCGUGCCAGCAUUUGUCAAGCUAACCAAGCGAGACCCUAGACCUCCGACGGAGCUCCAGAGGAUUGGCAUCGGCCUUGCAAUUGCCAUUGUAUCACUCGUCAUUGCUGGACUCGUCGAGCAACGAAGACUGAGGCAUGCGGGCAGUGGUGCUGCUCGGGGUGUCGGAGGCGUCUCAUACGUCGCCCAAAUGGAGUUCUUCGCAUCGCAGUCUCCAGAUGGCUUGAAGAGCAUCGGGGUCAGCCUAUCCAUGGCAUCAUUGGCGCUCGGGUGCUAUGCAGGGAGCUUUCUCUUGACACUAGUGACGGACAUAACCACAAGAAAGAGAGGACGUGGUUGGGUUCCUCCGAACUUGAAUGAUGGCCAUUUGGAUAGGUUCUUUUUAUCUGCCGUGUUGACUCUGGCAAAUUUAUCGAUUUUCGCUGCGCGCGAGAAGCGAUAUAAGAACAUAGCAAUGGUGAAGAGAGAUGGGACUGAUGAGGUAGCCAAACUUUGA